AGCCAAACAGCUGGAUACUGGGGUAUCUCGUGGCGGCGAAUGCAACGACACGGACUGCUGUGAGAGAGCACGAGUUUCACUCCACUCACUUUAAAGACAAGCGGUCCGCUGGGAAGUCGGUCGCCGCUCCUGGAAAGGAAAAAAGGGGAAUUAGUGGGUUUCUUUUGGGGAUACUGGAGUUGUGGAGGACACGCCGGCGUACUCAAAGUUUCCAGCCCAAGGAAAAAAAAAAAAAAAAAAAAAAAAAAAACCACAACACACGUUGCCAACACAGGGACAGAAGGUGAAGAAGCAGCAUCUGUCCUGCCAGCGACUCAUCUGUUACCCUCCAUCUAACAACAACAACAAAAAUGAAUAUGUCGGUGGCAAUGCAGAUGUCAGUCACUAACAGUUAAAUGUUAGUUACACUAAAGCGGAAAUCGCUUGUCUGGCCGAAGAGGAAAAAGAGGAAAGGGGCUGCUGAAUGUGCUGGAAGAAGAUGUCUCUCUGGAUGAUACUGCCUGUCAGCCUCCCAGUCCUGAGCAUCACUGGGAUAUGGGUUGUAUACGCCAUGGCACUGUACAACCAGCAUGUCUGCCCUGUGGAUAACUGGUUGUACAACCAGUCAUGUGAAGAGGAGCUGUAUUUGCAGAGUGGGCCAUCCUUGUGCUGCACACUAGAAAAUGUACCUCUCAUUAGUAAAUGUGGGACUCUUCCCCCUGAGAGCUGCUUCUUCAGCCUUAUCUGCAGCACAGGUUCAUUCAUGGUUAUGGUGAUUGUGCUGCUCCGCUAUGCCCAAGUCAUUGAGAAACAUCAAAACUGUGUUCUCAACACGGCAAGUCUUUCCACAGGCUGGAUCUGUGCUGCUGGACUCAUCAUGGUAGGAAACUUCCAGGUGGAUAAUGCCAAAGUUCUCCACUAUGUCGGAGCAGGCAUCGCCUUCCCCACCAGUAUGCUGUUUGUGUGCCUGCAGUCGGCGCUGACUUAUCGACUGGCCAAGACCCAGGGGGAGUACAGCUUGGCCCACCUCCGGCUCUGCAUGACCCUGCUGGCCUUCAUAGCUUUGGUGCUCAGUGGUGUGUUUUUCUGUCAGGAGAGCUUUGUCCUGCAGCACGCCUCAGCCAUCUUUGAAUGGGUGUUCUGUGUCAUCAUCAUGCUGUUUUAUGGAACAUUUGCCUUUGAGUUUGCCAGCAUGUCAGGAGACACCAUGGUGGUGCUGGCCAGAGGAGGCUCCCUGGGAUCUGCUGGGACAGAACACAAGUUGGACACUCUGGGAGGACUGGGUGGACCUGUUCCACUCUCACAACCACAUCUGCACCAACCUGAAAACAUGUCUAUACUGUAGCUCCAUCUCAAUGCCUCAUCAUUGCCUUGUUCAUUCCUUUCAAACUCUGGUUGUUGAAUGAGUUUAAUUAUUCACAUCCAGCCACAUUCGUCUGAAGCUCUGAGAUGAAACCAGGCCAGUGUAGCAGCUGUUGGUGGCAGAACAGCUGUAGAUCUGCUGUUACGGGGGAUUGCGCAUUUCUUACUGUGUUCACAUCAGGAUUCUCCACAGAACUUGUUUGCAUUUUGCACAAGUGUGACAAAAAAUGAUCUCCCAGUUCUGUCCUGUGGUCAGUGAGCACCUCUUCAUGAGGGGAGUAUUCUGGCAGUGAGACGAUGAAAAUGUACCGCGUCACCCUGAUAUGCUGUGACCAAAGUUUGCGGCCUUGGGUCGACCUUCGGAAGUGAUUGCCAUGACUUCCUUGCAUGUAAAGACACGAGGCUGCUGGACGGCCCAGCUAACAGUAGUGACACAGACAUGAUGUGUGAAUGUUAAAAGUGGAACUCAGUCUUUAAAACAGGAGGCAUGGAAAUAUUUCAGUCAAUCCUGGAGACAGACAGUGGGCAGCACUCUGCAUUUUUCAGUCAUUUACAUGCUCAGUUAAGCAAUAUUUUUAAUAUCCAAUAACUGAGAGUUAACAUCUGAGUAUUCAUAGAGUUCAGCAGCUUUAAUCUAUUAGAUCAUCUACAUACUCAGCUGAAUGAUUUCUUUAUGCCAAAGAGAAAUGGAUGACACAGCUAAAGACCCAGAAUGUUUCUCAUGAGUGGGUUGACCAAGGCUAAAUAGAAAAUGGCUUUUUGGUACGCUGAUGGAUGUGUAUGUAAACUUAAAACAUUCCUUCAUUUAACUUUAAAAUAUGCAGCAUUUAUGUUCAACCUGCAGCUUCACAUCUCAACGUCGAACACUGUUUUUUUUUUUUCUUCUUUUUGCUCUUCUUGGUACUCAUGCCUAGAAUACACACUAUUUUUUGGCAUAUCUUUAUUUCAAGUUCAUACAGAACAUGUGGACCCAGUGUCUUUACAAUGAAAUGUCAGAACUGUCUCUGAAUAUCUUUUCUCCUUAUUGUAAGGAGCCAUGCAGGACAGAUUUUAAACCUGAAAGAAUAGUAGAUACUCCUCCCUGUUUGUAGAAGGACAGGAACGAGAGCAUCCAGAGACCAAAUGUGGACUCGCUAAUUCAAGCCAGAGCACUGGGUUUAUUGAGUUUAGUGACGAGACUUCACACGUGUUUUCAGGUAUCAUCGAUGGAGGUCUGCGUCUUAUUAUUUCCCAUCAAGAGCAGGAAGAAUGUGCUCUUCUUAGUUUACCAGCCUGCUGUUUCUUACUAGCUCUGAAUUGUAGGUAGUAGUUUCUGCAUGUAGAGCUGGUGCAGCCAGAUUAAUGACAAAAGGAUUUGUAAAAUGAGAAAUGUCUGAGUCGUGCCUCUGUUAUUUUCCAAUAUGUGCCAAGUGUUAGCUUGCCUGUGGCAUUGAUGCUAAAACACAAGCAGGCCUCAUUUCAUCAUCCCCCUCCUCUGUUUGGCUCUAAUAGCUGAUAGAUCAAAGCAAUAAAAUGAGAAGCAGGAUUAAUGAGAGCAGAGACAGAAGUUCCACGUGAGAGCCAGGACUACGACUACACAGGGAAACAUCACAUAAUACAACAGUUCAUGUUUAAAUUCACAAGUAAUUGCAAAUAUGAAAUAACAGUUUGAGCACCUGAAAAUCAGAGUAAGAGGAGAGUUUACAACUGUACUAACUCUGGCUGUCACCCCUCCCUCAUACCACAAGUGGAAGUACUUUUCAUACAGGUGGUUUUCAUGGGUGUUCUUUAAACACCGUUUCACAAUCUGUUACAGAAGCUCUGACAUGUAGUAAUUAAUUCACUAGACUGAGUCAGAGACGUUGCAACAUUGCAGCUCAGCUCACAAGUUUUGCUUCUACUUGAGUAAUGAUGCUGUUGGGGGGGUGUAGUUAUGCAUACCCUCUACCAAACACUACUUACACAAUAUAUACUCCUCAGACCGAAUGAUGGUGCUUCCUCUGCUGCUCUAGCAAGAAACAUGUCAUUAAACUCAGAAAUGACUAAAUCUGCUCAUGUUUGCAUGUUUGUUCAUUUCCAUCUUAAUAGUCAAAUUAAUUUUCUACGUUGCUGGACAUCCUUCUCCUCAUGCCAGUCAUUUUUUUCCCCUUUCUGACCUUGCAUGAAUCUGCGGGAUCUUUGCACUCAGGAAAAUGUUCCGACACCAGCUGCAUUGUUUGAGUUUAAAGCAGAUUCUUCUGCCUUUUGUUGUGUUUGUUAAUGUGGAUGAUGAUAUGUAUGUAGAUGUUUUCUGCACUAUAAGUGCAACUGCUUUUUGAGAUGCAGGACUGAUGUUAGCCAUGAUAUAAUCAUUUAUUUUUGUUAAUUAAGGCUCUGUUAAGCUGAAAAAUAAAGUUCCUGUGAUUCUAGCUUGUAAAAUCGUAUUGCUGCUCACACAAACAUGGUUAAAUAUCUGCCAAGGGGCGGGUGGGGACUAACUCAUGCAAUCAGUAGAUCAUUGGUGAGAGUAUUCUGGCAAACUAACCAGUGUCUGUAAACCUCACUUAAGUCUUAUAUUUGGUACCAAACUGAAAGGGCAAAUUGUUCCCUGUGCCUUAUGUAUUUUGACAACCAAAGAGGUUUAAAUGGUAAAUUCUAUUUUGAUGCAAAGUCAUAUGAUUGUAUACAUGCUGUAUAUGCCUUAUUGUUCAAUAAAUUCAAACAGAAAAAAAUGUAUGAAUGAAAUUUACUCCCUGAGUUGCAUCCUUUUUUAUUUAGUUAUUUUUUUCUUGUAACAUGACAUUUCCAUUCUGGAGCAUCUUUACAUGAAUGUUUUGCCCGUUGUGACUGCACCAAAGUAGAAAAUCAUGUUUGUUUUAAACAGUGGAUUAUUUAAAUUGAUCAUUUUCUGUACAGCUUUGUCCAAUUCAAGGAAGCUGAAGCCUAUCCCAGUAAUUAGCAGGCGAGAGGCAGGUACACCCUGGACAGCUCGCCCGUCCAUUGCAGGGCAGGAUUAUUUAAUUAGUUUU